AUGGAGAGUGAAGAAGAUUUGCAAUCAAAAGUUGGUCACACUUUAAAUUCAGUUCUUGGUUUGCUGUACACAGUUGAAGAUUUUAUGAAUUUUCUAAUCGCGACAACAGUAAUAAUAAAAAGUAAUCAUAUGAAGAAGAGGAAGCAACUGGAGGGUUGCAAAAGCAGCACAAGAGUGUUAUAA